ACUGGUUUCGCGCCACCGCCCUGCGCGGUCAUUCCUUGCGAUCGGGUGGAGCGCUUCGUGUACGUGGGAACACAGACUGCGUUCGUGGAGAUGAGGAGCUGUGACGAGGACAUGGUUUUUCCCGCGGGGUUCGCGUGGGGAGCCGCCACUGCCGCCUAUCAGAUAGAGGGGGGCUGGGAUGCAGAUGGAAAGGGACCCAGUAUUUGGGACACUUUCUGCCAUGCCAAAGGGAAAGUGUUUCAGGACCACACUGGAGAUGUUGCUUGUGACAGCUACCGGCUUUGGGACGAGGACCUGAAGUGCAUCCAGCAGCUGGGACUGACCCAUUACCGCCUGUCGCUGUCCUGGUCUCGACUGCUGCCUGAUGGGACGACACGGCAUGUCAAUCAGAAAGGUGUAGAUUACUACAACAGAGUGAUAGAUGACCUGCUGGCCAGUAAUGUGUGCCCUAUGGUGACCUUGUAUCACUUCGACCUGCCGCAAGCCCUGCAGGACCGAGGUGGCUGGCAGUGGCCCGAAAUUACAAAAGUAUUUGACAGCUAUGCCCAGUUCUGCUUCCAAACAUUCGGCGACCGCGUGAAGCUGUGGCUCACCAUCAAUGAGCCAUACGUAUGCGCCAAACUCGGUCAUGAGGAUGGCCUUCACGCCCCGGGGCAUGGAGACCUGGGGGUCUCUGUCUACCUCGUGGGCCACAACAUGUUGCGGGCGCAUGCCAGGGCAUGGCACAGCUACGACACCCUGUUCAGGCCAACACAGGGGGGGCAGCUGUCUUUGGCUCUGUUCACUGACUGGGCCGAGCCAUGGGAUCCAAGCAACCCGCUGGAUGUGGCCGCCUCUGAGCGGUACAUGACCUUCAGUCUCGAUUGGUUCGCCUGGCCCAUCUUUGUGAGCGGCGACUACCCACCAGAGAUGAAGGCCCGCGUGGAAGCCAACAGUCGAACCCAGGGUCUGCCUUUCUCCAGGCUACCGCAGUUCUCUGAGGAUGAGCCGAGCAUCAAGGGAACCGCUGACUUCUUUGCUGUGAACUAUUACACAUCCCGCAAGGUGAGACCUGGGCCAACCCCCCCUAAGAGUCUUGGGUUUGAGGGUGAUCAGCAGGCAGUGGGAGAGAUGGACCCUUCCUGGCCGGUGUGUGGCAUUUCCUGGCUGGCAGUGUACCCAGAAGGCCUUCGCAAGCUCCUCAAGUACAUUAAGGACACAUUCGGUAACCCUUCCAUCUACAUCACGGAGAAUGGACUGUCGCAGGUGGGUGCUGUGGAGCUGGAUGACUCGCAGCGCUGCAGCUUCUUCCACGCCACCUGGAUGGAGGUCUCCAAAGCUAUUUGUGAAGACGGAGUUGAUCUUAAGGGAUAUUUUGUCUGGUCUUUAAUGGACAACUUUGAGUGGUCCGACGGCUUCGGUGUUCGGUUUGGCCUUUUCCACGUGGACUUUUCCCACCCGGAGCGGCCGCGGACCCUCUACCGCUCAGGCACAGAUUACGCCCAGUUGAUCGCCAAGUUCAAGGGUCGCUCGGGAACGGAGCACUGAAAGAGCAUCACCCGCCAUUCUUUGCACAGCAGCUGGACCUGUCAAGAGAAGCACUGUUUCCCUCUGUACAUACAGUAUGUACAGCUCACACAUAUGUGGCUCUCUGUCAUUGUGGCGUAAGGACUGCCAGAAGAAACACAUUCACACAACUACAUGAGAAGAAUUUCCUUCUGGUGUGUCAUCAUUUCCUUGACUAAAAUAUGUAGAGUUGAGAUAACGGUCAGGAGGUCCACAGGAAGAGAAAGCGAUGCUCAGGUGAUACUGUGGGUGUCUGAGGCGCUCCUUGGAGGACAGCAGCAGCCGCCGGCCAGAGAGAUCCUACACCCCUGGGACUACCAGCAUCCCCAAGGCCGAUACACACCUACCGAACAUUUCCAGAGCUGUGCUCUUCGUUUAUGGUCGGAUGAGACUCGUCUCAGCCGUAGUGACCCCUCAGCCUCAAAAAAACCCCAUAGAAACAUGGGGAGCUGCAGGUGGCAGUAACAGAGAGCCACGCUGCAGCGCCUUAAGGAAAAGUUGUAUUUGUUGUGCUCAGAACAGUUUUACUGCAGCUGCAGAGCAGAUAUGCCUCAGGAAGCAACUCCUUAUGUAAUAAAGAAAGUGCAGGAAACAGGCAGGAGCAAAAAGUAUCUCAGGAAAUGAGUGUUAGUCUGUGCUUUUUCUCUUUGUCCUCCGUCACUCGUGGGAUGAACUCCAUGUGUGAGGAAACAGGAGCCGUACCAUCACCUUGAAUUCCUUUUCGGAGACUUUUGCACUGGCUAUUUUUGAUGAAUUUUUAAUAAAGUACAUUUUUC